AUGACCAAUCCGACUCUUUGGUGCGCUACACACCCCGAGAACAACCGCCUUCUCAAGAUUUUGGCGCUGGCGUCGUUCGCGAAUGUCACUCUUGAUACCCACGAGUGCCAGAUGGGUGUGGAAAACGAGACCGAGUUCUUCGGCAAGAACUGCCACCCCUAUAAGCGCCUUCCCGUCUUGCAAACUGAAGAGGGCUUCAUCUUUGAAUCUAACGCCAUCGUGCGCCACAUCGCACGGCUCGACAAGAGCGGGAACUCCCUCUACGGGCGCACACCGUUCGAAACCAGCCAAGUCGAUAUGUGGCUUGACUUCGCCACCACGGAGGUUGAUGCGGCCACCAUUCCCUACGUUCUGCACCUCUUCCGGCAGACGCCGAUCCCGGAGGGUGCGGCGUCGAAACUCGAGGAACUCGUGAACGUAGACCAAUGGCUGGAGAACCGAACCUUCCUCGUGGGCGAACGCAUGACCGCGGCCGACAUCGUCCUUGCCUUUUCUCUACGCACUGCCUACCGCCUGACCGGCAGCGUCGGUGAGGAGCUGUCGAAGAAAUACAAGAACCUCUUCCGUCUGUACAACACCGUCAUGCAGAACCCCCAAAUGGUUGAGCUCUUCCGGAAGCUCGGCGCGUCUUCCGCGCCAUUCAAGACAGCCAAGCCGGAGGAAAAGAAACAGCAACCCGCGAAGAGUGCGCCCAAGCCGGCCGCUCCUGCGAAGAAAGACGACGACGAGGAAGAGGAGCCGAAGGAGAAGAAGGCGCCGAACCCACUCGACGCGCUGCCGCCGAGCCCCUUCGUUCUCGACGCGUUCAAGCGGGAGUACAGCAACACCGACACCCGCACCGUGGCCGCGCCGUACUUCUUCGCGAACUUCGACGCGAGCGGCUACUCCUGCUUCUGGUGCCGCUACAAGUACAACGAGGAGAACAAACGGCAGUUCAUGACGGCCAACCUCGUCCGUGGGUGGUUCCAGCGGAUGGAGCACCUCCGCAAGUACUCCUUUGGCGUCGCGCUGCUGAUUGGGGAGGAAACUCAGCACGAUAUCGUGGCGUUCUGGGUGUUCCGUGGCCAGGGUAUGCCGCAGCUGGUGGAGGAGGUUGCCGAUACGGAGCUGUUUGACUGGGAGCCGAUCGCGGAUAUCAACGCUGAAAAGGAAAAGAUCACGGACUACCUCUGCUGGGAGGGUCCAACAAUUCCCCGCCCGGUUCUGGAGGGACGCACCUUCAAGUAA